UUCUGCUUGGGUGAAGAGCUGCAAGCCUGAAGUGGGACGGGCAAAUAGGAGAAACUUCGCCCCCGUCCCGUUCUCCACUUUUAAUGAGCGCUGCGCUCAGGCAGGAGAAAAACUCCAGGUGGAAGAGCGCUCGCACACGCGUUAAACUGCUUUUCAAUGAAAGAGUAAGGAUCCAGGAAACCUGCGCUGGGAAUCACCCCUUUAAACCUCGGAGGAUUAUUAUACCUAAUCAGGUUAUACAAGAACGUCUGGCUAACGUGCUGAAACAUCACUGUCCAUCAUGAUCAGAGCAUCACUCACUGCCAUCUGCCUUGCGCUCCUCCUGUCGUACCAAUGCUGGGCCAAGCCUAACGGACCAAAGAAUAAGAAACCAAAGCAAGUGAUUCCAGCUGUAGAGUGCGAUGUCAGAGCAGGAAAGGUCAAUCUCCCAGAGUUCAUAGUAAAAUGUCCCCCACGCUGUAGGGAAACCAGACAGCAAGUCUAUGGGACAGGAGUGUUUGCCUCCAUCUCCAGCAUCUGCAAUGCAGCCAUCCACAGUGGCGUAAUCACCAAUUCAGGAGGAAAGGUGAUAGUGAGGAAGAUGGCUGGACAGAAUGUCUACAAAGGCAGCAACUCCAACGGCGUGCGCUCUCUGUCUCUGCCUAAAUGGAGGGAAUCAUUCGUUGUCUCGGUGGGCAAGCCUAAGAAGGGAGUCAUCUACCCAUCUACUCUGGAUUACGUCCCUUCAAGACCGACCUAUGUGAAAACAAAUCAAAAGGAGACCACGAUGCUUCCUCCAACAUCAACAGCACCUGAACCCACCACAACAACUCCUGAACCAACCACGACCACUACCACCACACCGACUCCCACCACUGCUUCCACCACUACACCUCCACCCCCUACUACCAAGGCUCGACCCGUUGUACAUAAAGUGAGGGAAGCAGGCAGCAUUCACCCAUACCUUGCCCAUGCGGCAGCUUCAAAUUCAAGACAGUCACAGAGUGGUCAAAGAAAGAGUCCCAGCCAAGUAUUCAGAGGAGGUUCCUAUUCACAUAGAGUUCCACAACGUGCCAGUGCAGGUAUACACAAACAAGAGCCAGGGUCGCCUGUCCGGAGGCAGCCAUCCUCACCAGUUGGUGCAGGUUUUAACAGGGUUCAGCCUGCCCAGCCUGAGCGAACUCCAACCAUGAGCCAGUCCAACCCUGCUUUACCCAGAAGGGAUUGGCCACUCCCCUCUUUUCCUCAUCCCGAUUGGUUCCCUGGAGCUCGCCGACCAGCAGAUGUAAGUUAUGCAGCUCCAGACUCAGGAUACGCUUGGAGUGAGACCGGCACACCUGAGGUUACAGCUCGGGAUUACAGGCCUGAUAUCUCAGAAUAUGAGCGCUGGUAUUAUAACCUUGGACAAUACCUGCAGCGACCUGCUGACUCGGAUCGUAAAAUAAUGGAUACGGCCAACACUAAAGUGGAGCCGGUGGACGCCUGGAAUCCAGAAGCGCCACCUUAUGAAUUAGGCUUCAGUGUGAGGGAGCAAGAACCUCUCCGCAAAGCUCCUGAGCCUGUGUCACAGGGAAACCCAGAUUGUAAGGUGGAUCUGGCCUUUCUGAUGGAUGGGAGCUGGAGCAUUGGAAAGCGGCGUUUUAAGAUCCAGAAAGACUUCCUAACUGAGGUGGCUCAGACCAUCAAUGCGGGUGUGGCAGGCCCCAUGAUGGGCAUCAUCCAAUACGGAGAUGACCCUGUGACAGAGAUCAGCCUGAAGACUCACUCCAGCUCCAGAGAGCUGAAAGCAGCCAUAGAUAAGAUUGUGCAGAAAGGAGGCCUCUCCAAUGUGGGAAAAGCCCUCCACUACAUCAACAAGCACUACUUCAGUGAUGCCAAUGGAAACCGAGGAGGAGCUCCAAACGUGGCUGUGAUAUUAGUGGACGGUUGGCCCACAGACAAGGUGGAAGAGGCGUCUCGACUCGCACGCGAGUCCGGCAUCAACAUCUUCUUCGUCACCAUCGAGGGUCCCGACGACAAUGAGAAGCAGAACCUUGUCGAGGCCAACUUUGUUGACAAGGCCGUGUGCCGGACGAACGGCUUCUUCUCGCUUCCUGUGAACAGCUGGUUUGCCCUGAGGAAAGCCGUGCAACCCCUGGUGAAGAGAGUGUGCGACACAGACCGCCUGGUGUGCAGCAAAACCUGCCUCAACGCCAACGACAUCGCCUUCGUCAUAGACGGCUCCAGCAGCGUGGGGACCGGCAACUUCCGCACGGUGCUGCAGUUUGUGGCCAACAUCACGCGGGAGUUCGAGAUCUCAGACACGGACACGCGGGUCGGGGCUGUGCAGUACACCUACGAGCAGAGGCUGGAGUUUGCCUUCGGCCAGUACAACAACAAAGCCGAGCUGCUGAACGCCAUCAAGCGCAUCAACUACUGGAGCGGCGGGACCAGCACCGGUGCUGCCAUCACCUACGCGGCAGAGCAGCUUUUCAGCAAAUCCAAACCCAACAAACGCAAGAUCAUGAUUGUCAUCACGGAUGGACGCUCUUAUGAUGAUGUCAGGGCGCCGGCACUGGCGGUCCAUCGCCAAGGUGUGAUUGCUUACUCCAUCGGCAUCGCCUGGGCAGCCCAGGAUGAGCUGGAGUACAUCGCCACAGACCCCGACAAGGAGCACUCCUUCUUCGUGGAUGAGUUUGACAACCUCUACAAAUUUGUACCCAAGAUCAUCCACAACAUCUGCCAGGAGUUCAACUCUCAGCCCAGAAACUGAGGACGUACGUGCCGAGAGGCCUGUCCGGAUCCGAGGCUUUAGUAACAGAGCACUGCUGGUAAAUUUACUCACUCUGUCGCCCAGAUGGCAGUGCUAGAUUGGCUGCAGUGCCCCAUAUUUGAAGAGGGAGGGGUUUGAAUGUAGGUGGGGGCAAAAAUACAUGAAAAAGAAUUUUUAUCCCAAAUAUUCAGAUGGUGCUAAUGUUAAAGGAUUGGCACGCAGUGUGACAAACUGGCAUCACAGCUGUGGUGUGGUGCCAGCUGUUUUCUGUCUGGAGACAAGUUUUUAACAGUUGGAAUAGCACCAGUAAGUCACCCAUUAUAAAGGCUUUAUAAGUUGCUACUUGUCUUAUUAAUGCUAGAAAAUUUACUAAUGCUUUACAGAACGCCUAAUCUUUCAUACUUGGUAUGCAAGAAAUCUGUUUGCAAGCAAGCAUGGCUUCAGGGUACAUUUUAAUCCAUCUAGGUGCAAGUACAGCAAGACAGUUGAAAACAUGUGAAGUGCGACGCCCCAGUUGUAUGCAUACUACAUGCAAAAGUAGCAAGCACAGACAGCGAGCCAAGCUGGUAAGAACAAGCCAGCAUUUGGGUUGCCAGGUUGUGAUAUUUCCUCCUAUAUGGCGCUUUAUCUCCUUUAGCAUGAAACUUUUGGCAAACGAGAAAAAAGCUGCACAACAAACGCUUCAAUUAGCAAGUUCUCCAUGUUAAGUAAAUAUUUAAUAAUCUAAAAUUGUGACCUCAAACUUAUAAAAGGAUAUUAAAAGACCAUUUCCACUGCUUGUCAGGCCUAAUGUUAUGUUUAAAACUGGGCAUUAGUACAUUAUUCAUUAACAUUAGUGUAGCGCUUUUUGUGUGACUUGUAGUGCCUUUUUGAAGGGUGACUUAGUGGGAAAUAAACAUACUGUAAGACUGUCUUUCUGGGGUAUGGUGCUUGCAGAGAAAUGUAGAUUUAAAGCAUGCCUAGCACUUCCUCUUAUGGCUUAAAAACCUUCAUAAAUCUAAUAGCGCGAUGCUUUUUACAAUUCUCUGUAAAGAGAAAAUACUGUAUUAGAGAUGGUGCAUUUUAAUCUUCCUAAUAGGAGAGAUUUGAUUGUAGGAACAUUGUUUGGGUUCCUAAGAGACUAAGGUGCUGAGAUGAUUUUUACAUGCAACCAAAAAGUGGAGGUGAAAGGCAAAGCAACAACACGGAUGUGGACUUGUGUGAAAAGUAAGCUUGUUUAUCUUUGUAAAGAGUGACGGCAGAUCCCAAAUCUGCUUCUUAUCAGGAAUAAAAGCAACUCAUGUUAAUCUUUAUUUUCUAACAGUGCUCGCUUCUAAUAUUGCAGUUUUGUUGGAAGAGUAUUUAUGAUUUUAUCAUUCUUAUGCCCUGUUUGUACAUAUGCAUAUUCAAGAAGCCUAUCACUAAUAAUGUUCAGAUAAUUAAUCGGUAUUUUUUGGGCAAUUUUUAAUAAAAUAAAGAAAAUGAAGA